AUGGUGUACCCGGUCCUGGACACCUUCCCUGGUAGAGUGCGCGUCACCUGCGUCUCCGGUCACCCGUCACAACGCAUGGAGGGCCACCUUGUGCCACAAUACUCAAGAAGUCCCAACCCUCAUCGUGACGGGGAUGGCAGAAUACGGCUCAGGUGGGUGAUGGGUGAGGAAGACACAGCCCGAGGAGUGGUGUGUGGCGCCCCUGGAGCUCCUCCACACUACAACGUCUCCGCCCCACUCAUGAAGCAGGAAGCAUUGUACGUGCCGGAGCAGCUGAGUGUGACGGUCAGUGAGGGUGAGGACCUCCGUCUGAGGUUCACACUGGUGGACAGAGCACCUCGUCAGGUCGAGUGGCAGAAGGAACCCGCCACUGGUAAUGACUGGCAGUCAUCUACCCUCACGGACGACGACCAGCUCAUCAUCCCAGCAGACAAGCUCACCGGGUCUGGCUUCUAUUCUGUUAUACCCUACACCAGCGCAUUCCACCCUGGGAGUGACAAGAAGCAGUUUGGUACCUUCAGGCUGCUGGUGAGAGAGUGUCCCGCUGGUCGCUAUGGUGAAGGCUGCAGUGAGUGGUGUCCUGACUGUAUGUCCGGCGGCGCCUGUCACCCCCUGACUGGCGAGUGUGUGUGUCCCCCUUACCUGUCUGGGGACCGUUGUCAGACCCGGUGCAGCAACGCCAGGAUGGGUCGGGACUGUACCGUGGAGCUACCUGAGCCCCGGGGGAAGCAGGUGUGUCUCCCACACCCGCUGGGGUGUCACUGCGCCCCGGGCUACACCGGUGACACAUGCACCACAGAGUGUGGAGGAGGCCGCUGGGGUGUGGAGUGUUCCCAGUCUUGCCGCCACCACUGUCAAGGUGACUGUCACCCCCACAACGGUCACUGUCACUCACCAGCACCAGCUGCCUGUGCCGGAGUCCAUCAUGUCUUGUACGGAUUUGGUUCCGAGUUCGGUGUCCCAAUGUAUAUUCCCUAG